AUGCACCUCCAGCUGCGGCCGGGCGCUCCGGUCAUCCGGGCAGCGCGCACCACCACAACGUCAAGAUUACGCUCUUUAGUCUGCUCACAAUGCGCAGCAGUCGCCGUGGCCAAAAAUGUCGUGUCCAACGCGAUAUCUUCACGCACCUCCAAGCUAAACAGUGACCUCAUGACGGUCGACCCCCUCCGUGCCGUCGCUAAGGAGAUGAAGUUCCUCACAGGCAACAUACGGAAGCUCCUCGGUUCGGGACACCCCUCGCUGGAUCGCGUCGCAAAGUACUAUACAGAAGCAGAGGGGAAGCACAUGCGACCACUGAUUGUGCUGCUCAUGUCGCGAGCUACACAUCUAUGCCCAAAGGCGCCGGAACUGCCACAGAAUCAGCGCGAACCCUCGCCCAUACAGUCAAUACCGGUCGACACGUCCAUGACCCCACUCUCCAUCCUCCGCGACUUCAACCCCUCCAUCGCCAACCCAACCUCCGUCCCUACGCCUCUCACCCCCGAAGCCGACACGCCCUCUGUAGAGACCGACAUCCUCCCCUCCCAGCGCCGUCUCGCUGAGAUCACAGAGCUGAUUCACACCGCCUCCCUCCUCCAUGACGAUGUCAUCGACCACUCCGUUUCCCGCCGCGGGUCCCCCUCUGCCAACCUCGAGUUUGGCAACAAGAUGGCCGUGCUGGCGGGCGACUUUCUGCUGGGCCGCGCCUCCGUCGCCCUCGCGCGCCUGCGCAAUGCAGAGGUCGUCGAGCUGCUGGCCACCGUCAUCGCCAACCUGGUCGAGGGCGAGUUCAUGCAGCUCAAGAACACGGCCGCCGACGAGACCCGCCCGGUCUGGAGCGAGGACGCGCUGGGCUACUACCUGAACAAGACCUACCUGAAGACCGCCAGUCUCAUCUCCAAGAGCUGUCGUGCUGCCGCGCUACUGGGCGGCGCGAGCGCCGAGACCGUCGAGGCCGCCUACGGGUACGGUAAGAACCUGGGCCUGGCGUUCCAGCUUGUGGACGACAUGUUGGACUACACGCGCUCCGAGCGCGAGCUGGGAAAGCCGGCGGGCGCGGAUCUGGAGUUGGGACUGGCUACGGCGCCGCUGCUGUUCGCGUGGAGAGAUAGGCCGGAGCUGGGCGAGCUGGUGGGGAGGAAGUUUGCCGGAGAGGGUGACGUGAGAAGGGCUCGUGAACUUGUCCUUGAGACGGAAGGCAUUGAGGAGACUCGCGCCCUGGCCGAAGACUAUGCACAAAAAGCGAUUGAGUGUAUCAGUGGCUUCCCUGACAGCGAGGCGAAGGACGGCUUGGUGGAGAUGGCCGUCAAGACCAUCAGGAGGAAGAAGUAA